GAGAGGGAGACACAGAAUCGGAAGCAGGCUCCAGGCUCUGAGCCAUCAGCCCAGAGCCCGACGUGGGGCUCGAACUCACUGACCGCGAGAUCGUGACCUGAGCUGAAGUUGGACGCUCAACCGACUGAGCCACCCAGGCGCCCCUGGGAUCAGUUUCUUUAUUUGUCUUUCUGUUGCUUCAUUAUUAGUGUAUAAGAAUGCAGCUGAUUUCUGUACAUUGAUUUUGUAUCCUGCAACUUUGCUGAAUUCAUGUAUCAGUUCUAGCAGACUUCUGGUGGAGUCUAUCCGAUUUUCCGUGUAUAAUAUCAUGUCAUCUGCAAAAAGUGAAAGCUUCAUCUUUGCCAAUUUUGAUGCCUUUGAUUUCCUUUUGUUGUGUGAUUGCUGAUGCUAGAACUUCCAACACUAUGUUAAACAACAGCGGUGAGAGUGGACAUCCCUGUCGUGUUCCUGAUCUCAGGGAAAAAGCUCUCAGUUUUUCCCCAUUGAGGAUGACGUUAGCUGUGGGCUUUUCAUAAAUGGCUUUUAUGAUGUUUAAGUAUGUUUGUAUUUUUUUAAAAAACAUUUAUUUAGUUUUGAGAGACAGAGAGAGAAUGUGUGUGUGGGACAGUGUGUGUGUGCUCACAGUGUGUGUGGGCAGAGAAAAGGAAACCCAAAAUCUGAAGCAGGUUCCAGGCUCUGAGCAAGCUGUCAGCACAGAGCCUGAAGCGGGGCUUGAACCCAUCAACCAUGAGAUCAUGACCUGAGCCACCCAGGUGCCCCUCAUGAAUUUUUUUUUUUUUUUUUUUUUUAAAGUAGGCUUCACAGCCAGCAUGGAGUCCAAGGCAGCGUUUGAACUCAUGACCCUUGAAAUCAAGACGGGAGCUGAGAUCAAGAGUCAGAUGUUAACUGCCUGAGCCACUUAGGCACCCCUUUCAUGGAGUUUUGAAGCAGAAAUGAUAUUAUCUUCAUUUAUACUUUUUUUUUCUUUCCUAGUUCGAGUAUAACAUGUACAACAAUCCUAAGGGUAUAGUGAGACAGAUUUUUAUAAGCUUCUGACACUCAUUCUGAGGGUUUUGGUUAUUAUUAUUAUUAUUUUUAAGUUUUCUUUAUUUAAGUAAUCUCUGCAUCUACCGUGGGGCUUGAACUCAUGACCCCGAGCUUAAGAGUGGCAUGCUUUUUCGACUGAGGCAGCAAGGCACCCUGGUUUUGGUGAUCUUUUACCAGAAGGUAUCAACAGAGAUUUCAGACCACAGCCAGGAUAUUUAUUUUUCUUCAGAUGGUCCUUACAUGGUUUGUAUACUAAUAUAUUAAAGUUGUAAUUGUCUCAUUAGGCUGUCAGGAAAAAGACUCAAGUUCACGUGAACUAACAAUGACCUAUAGAUGAAACCUGCUGCCUGAUAGUGCCUGUAAUGUGUAUUUUGAUAUCAGAGGAGUUACAAAGUGAAAAAAAACUUUACUUCAUCUGAAAAUGAUGAAAUGUGUUAGAUGGUGGCAGAUUGUUUUCCUAAGAGGUUAUAUUAAUUUAUACUGUCACUAGGAAAGUAAAAUAUUUUGGCUGUUCUGUAUUUUCAUAAGCAGUUGAUACUGUCAGACCUUUUUGUCAGUCUGGCACAUGUGAAAUAGUGGUACACUGUGCUUUUUUCUCCUUUUAACUUUUUCCAAUGGAGUAUAACACAUAAAAGGCAAAAAAAUCAUUAUGACUUAUCACAAAGUAAAAAAAGAUCCUUGUGACCAUCACCAAGAAGUAUAGCAUUGCCAGCAAUCCAGAAACUCUCCUUAUGCACACCGAUCCUGUCACCAUCCCCCACCAACCAUAACUAGUGCUUACUUCUUUCCCAGAGGUAAUUGCUGUUCUGACAGCUAACACAUAGAUUAGUUCUGCUUGUUUUUGAACGUUGUAUACCUGGAAUCAUGCAGUGGAGUGCCUUUGUGUCUGGUCUUCUUUUCAGCAAUACGCUUAUUACAUUUAUCCAUGUUAUCUGUAGCUAAGUGUAGCUUAAUAAUAAGAUGGACAAAGCUAUAUAUAUUCUCAUUCUUAGUAUGUGUAAAACAGUGGUUCCUAUUAUUUGUGUGUGUUAGAGGCACACUUCUGUUUUUUAUUGAGGGAUUUGCAAAUUAUAUUUGUUGCUGAAAUAUCUUUUUGUAAUUCAGAUAUUCACAUCUAAAUUAAUUAAAAAAUAUAUGUAGGUCUGGUAUUUGAAUCUUUUUUCUGAAUUAUUUAUUUUUAUGGUAUGUGAUAGAUUUCUGUGGUUCAGAAAUAAAAAGUAUAAAAAGGUAAAGUCUCCCACCUCUAUUCCCAACUGUAUGUGAGUAGUUAAUAUCCACCCCUAACAUCUAACCCCUAACCCCUAACAUCUCACUCUGCCUAGGAAACUGGUAUUACUACUUUCUUGUGUGAUCUUUCGGUGUGUCUUAAUGAGUAUAGAUUUUUUUUAAGUUUAUUUAUUUAUUUUGAGAGACAGAGCAAGCAGGGGAGGGGCAAAGAGACAGGGAGAGAGAGAAUCCCAAGCAGCUUUGUGCUGUCAGCAUGGAGCUAAAUGUGGGGUUCAAACUCAUGAACUAUGGUAUCAUGACCUGAACUGAAACCAAGACUUGGAUGCAUAACCGACUGAGCCACCCAGGUGCCCCUGAAUAUAGAUUUUUAUUUCUUUCUAUUUUUAUUCCUCUACCAAAAGCACAUUAUAGUAACUACCCUGUACUUUAUUGUUAAUUUUUUGCUUAACAUCUUGCAUAUUUUUAUUUAAAAAAAUUUUUAAGUUUAUUUAUUUUGAGAGAGAGAGUGAGUGGGAAAGGGGCAGAGAGAGAGGGAGAGAGAGACAAUCCUAAGCAGGCUCUGCACUGUCAGCACAGAGCCUGACAUGGGACUCAAACCCACGAACUGUGAGAUUAUGACCUGAGCCAAAACCAAGAGUCAAAUGCUUAACUUACUGAGCCAUUCAGAAGCCCGGAACAUCUUGCAUAUUUUUAUAUCAGUCCUUUUUUAUAAAGCUCUCGAGUGUUCGUUUUCCUUGCAAUAUAGUGUUCCAUUGUGAAAAUAUAUUAUAGUUUAUUCAUUCUCUUUUGGGUUUAUAGUUUUUGGCUAUUUUUAGAGGUUUUUUUUUUUAAUGUUUAUUUUUGAGACACACAUACACGCACACACACACACACACACACACACACACAGUGCAAGUGGGGAGGGGCAGAGAGAGGGAGACACAGAAUCCAAAGCAGGCUCUGAGCUGUCAGCACAGACAGCUGAUGUGGGGCUCAAACCCAUGAACCCAGGCACCCCAGUUUUUGGCUAUUUUGAAUAAUAAUGCUGUGAACAUUCUAGUAAAUAUCUUUUGGUGAAAUGUGUGCACAUUUCUUUUUGAUGUAUGUCUAGGGUGGAACCCCCUGUCAUAGGUAUGUGAAUUUCCAUUGCUCCACAUCCUCAGCCUCCAGCUUAGGUAGGCUUAGUUUCUUUAAAUUUUACCUAUUUUGGUGGGUUCACAGUGUUAUUUUAUUGUGGUUUUAAUUUUUAUUCUCUAAUGAGAAUGUCCAUUUUUUCCCUAUGCUUAUUGGCUAUAUUGUUUUUUUGAAAAACUUUAUUUAAAAAAUACCCAGAAAAAAAUAUAUAUAAUCUCCAUUUGUUAAACAGAAAGGAAGAAAAACAGACAAACUCCUGUACUAGCAGUCUUAAUCUGGUCCUUUCUUGGGUAGUAGGUAUCAAAGAAUUGACCGUUCUAAUUGUGUUUUGUAAAACAAAAACAAAAGUAGAGGAAAUUCACGUUCCUUUGAUGUAGGGCUAGGACUUUGUGGUAGUAUAUGAGGAAUACUCUGAAUUCAGUAGGAAGAGGAGGAAGAGGAGAGAGAUGAAUGUAUAUCAUGAAGUGAUUUUGAAUUUACAUGGCUUUUUGCUUGCUUAUUUGUGGGUGGAGACUGGAAGGUUGAAAUCAUUGUUAAGUAGUUUAGCUGGCUCCUAAAUUAUAAUAUAACUAGCAUGAUUGAAGCAUAGUGUUGAUUUUGUUUUUGUAGAAAAGUACUUACUAAAAUUUUUUAAGGGGCACCUGGGUGGCUCAGUUGGUUGGGCGUCCGGCUUCGGCUCAGGUCGUGAUCUUGUGGUUCAUGAGUUCAAGCCCCAUGCCAGGCUCAGUGCUGACAGCUUGGGCCUAGAGCUUACUUUGGAUUCUGUGUCUCCCUCUGUCUGCCCCUCCCCUGCUUGCCCUCUGUCUCUCGCCGUGUCUCAAAAAUAAAUAAACAUUAAAAUUUUUCUUUUAUUUGUUAUGAGAGAGAGCGUGCGCACACAUGACCACGAAUGGGGAGGGGCAGAGAGAGAAAGAGAGAUUUCCAGGCACACUCUGCAUGGACAGUGCAGAGCCCCACUUGGGGCUUGGACCCAUGAACGAUGAGAUCAUGACCUGAGCUGGAGUCAUGAGUCAGCCACUUAACUGACUGAGCCACCCAGGCACCCCAAAAAGUAUUUUUACUUGAACAAGACUAGAGAUAGAAUGUGUAUAGGGGUUUUGGUUUGGUCAUAGGCCAUUCUUAGUGCUUAGGUAAGCUUUUGAAAUCUACCCCUCCCACCUGUCUUUUUAAAGUUUAAGGGAUAUUUAUUGUUUGUCCAGAAUUUUUCCCUUUCUUUUCAUAAUAAAGUUGUGAGAGUGAAUCUUCAUGUGUAAGGUUAUUAAUAACAUUAUUUUUACCUAAAGCUUAUUACUAGGAAUUUUAAUAAUACAUUUUAUUGAAUUGUGUGUUUGAAUAAAUCACAGUAAUUUUGUUGACUGUUCAAGAAGAGUAAGCAGUAUACUUACAUUCAUUAUUAGCCUAUAUUGUGUCAAACUGGUUAUUUAAAAAAAUUUUUUUCUUAACGUUUAUUCAUUUUUGAUAGAGACAGAGUACGAGUGGGGGUGGGGCAGAGAGAGAGGGAAGCACAGAGUCUGAAGCACACUCCAGGCUCUGAGCUGUCAGCACAGAGCCCAACACAGGGCUUGAACCCAUGAUCAUGACCUGAGCCAAAGUCGGAUGCUUAAUCGACUGAGCCACCCACGUGUCCCUCAAAUUUUUUUUUUUUUUUUUUUGGUGGCAUUUGAUACAUAUCUUUUUUCAUAUUUUCAAAAGACAUCAUUUUUUAGAGCAGUUUUAGGUCACAGUAGAAUUGAGUAGAAAGUACAGAGAGUUCUCAUAUAUCCCUGUCCCCACAUGCAUAGCCUCCCUACCAACAUCCUGCACUAGCAAAUUGGUUUAUUGUUUUUGUUUUUUGCAAAUUGCUUUUUUUUUUUUUUUUACUUAAUUGAUCCCUUACUUUUGGAAAAGUAAGCAGCUUGAUAUAUUUUGACAUUAUUCUAAAGUUUUAUAACAUUCUUCUCAUUUAAAAAAGAAUCUUAUGGACCUUAAUUACAAAAACAAAGAAACCAAGAGUAGAAUUCAAUUACUUGCUUCCUAACAAUUUUAUUUUGAAGAUACAAAAUGAAAAAGAUUUUCAACCUUUAUAGCAACAAUUCUGCUGUCCUUUGAUUCCUACUAAUUUUAUGAAACUUUAAGAUUUUUCUCCCUUUUAAAUAUUUAAAUGUAAAAUAUUCUAAUCAGAUGCAUGGAAUUUGUAUUAAAAUUUUUGACUUGAUGUAUUGCUGACAAGAUGUAAAUAGUUCCAAGCUUUGUGCUCUAAUCCAGUUUGAGUGGGCUUGCCCAGAAGUAAAUUAAAUGAUGUGAUUAGGAUGCUACUAUCAGUAAAGGUCAUAAAGUCCUUUAAGAUUUUAUUAGUGAAGAAUGGGACAUAAUGGCUGAGAGUAGAGGGUUGUGAGCUCACUGAUCAUUGGAAAGCACCCAUGGUUUUGGACUCAUGGGAAGGCAAAGCCAUAAAACUUUGUGAAGACUAUAGGAUUUUCUCAAUGAGACAGAAGCAUCAACUUAAAAAAGAUUGAUAGUUGUAAACACAUUAAAAUUAAUGUUCACCUAAAGACACCAUAAAGAAAAGGAAAAGAUAAACUAAACUUAGAAAACAAUUAUUGCAAACUUGGAAGAAAAUAGUUGUCAUGUAUAUAAUAGAAAAUUAGUGUCCUAAACAGGGCUACCUUCAUGGGUAUACAACCUGUUCAGUCACACAGGGCCUCACACUUAUUUUAAUACUAAACUAUCACUGUUUUAUAAUUCAUAAUUUUUUAAUAAUGGCCCUGCUUUUUAAUUUUGGAAUGGGCCCUGCAAAUUAUGUAACUAAUCCUGGUCCUGAAUAUAUAAAGCCUACUAACUAAUAAGAAAAAGGCAACCCAAUAAAAAUGGCCAAAAACUGUGAACAAAGGAAUGCAGAAAGGAACAUAGAUACUUAAUAAACAUUUGAAGGGCGCCUGGGUGACUCAGUCAAACAUCUGACUCUUGAUUUCAGCUUAGGUCAUGCAUGAUCUCAUGUCUUCAUGUGUUCGAGCCCCACUUCGGGCACUGUGCUGACAGCACAGAGCCUGCUUGGGAAUCUCUCUCCUCUCUCUGCCUCUCCCCUCCUCAUGCUGUCUGUCUCUCUCUCAAAGAUAAAACAAAACAAAACAAAAAAACAUUAAAACUUGUGAAAAGGUCUUACAUCUCAUCAAGUAAUACAAACAAAUCACAGUAAGGUUGUAUAUGUUCUGUACUGCCACCAAUUAAGAAAUCUCACUUUACCAGGUAUUGGCAAGGAUUGUGUCAUCAAUUUACAUGCUGCUGCGUAUCGUCUAAUUUGAAAGUCUUCCAUGAAAACUUCACUUUAAAAAAAUAAGUAAUGCCAUCAUCUGUUAUCCUAAAAGACUGAAAUGGGGGCUGUCAAUUUGAGGGCCUCAUGGUUAUGAAUGUGCUUCAAUUUCAUAAUGCCUCCUGCUAUGGCAGACAUCCUUGACAUCUGGGCAGUGGAUUCACAGUUAGCAUCUGAUGGCUCCAUACCUGUGGAUUUCCUUUUGCCCACUGGGAUUUAUAUUCAGUUGGAGGUUCCUCGGGAAGCUACCAUUUCCUAUAUUAAACAGAUGUUAUGGAAGCAAGUUCACAAUUACCCAAUGUUUAACCUCCUUAUGGAAAUUGACUCCUAUAUGUUUGCAUGUGUGAAUCAAACUGCUGUAUAUGAGGAGCUUGAAGAUGAAACAAGAAGGCUCUGUGAUGUCAGACCUUUUCUUCCAGUUCUCAAAUUAGUGACAAGAAGUUGUGACCCAGGGGAAAAAUUAGACUCAAAAAUUGGAGUCCUUAUAGGAAAAGGUCUACAUGAAUUUGAUGCACUGAAGGAUCCUGAAGUGAAUGAAUUCCGAAUAAAAAUGCGCAAAUUCAGUGAAGAAAAGAUUCAGUCACUUGUGGGAUUGUCUUGGAUGGAUUGGCUAAAACAGACGUAUCCACCAGAACAUGAACCAUCCAUCCUUGAAAACUUAGAAGAUAAACUUUAUGGAGGAAAGCUCAUUGUGGCUGUUCAUUUUGAAAAUUGUCAGGAUGUGUUUAGCUUUCAAAUAUCUCCUAAUAUGAAUCCUAUCAAAAUAAAUGAACUGGCAAUCCAAAAACGUUUGACUAUUCAUGGGAAAGAAGAUGAAGUUAGCCCGUAUGACUAUGUGUUACAAGUCAGUGGGCGAGUAGAAUAUGUGUUUGGUGAUCACCCACUAAUUCAGUUCCAGUAUAUCCGGAACUGUGUAAUGAAUAGGACCUUGCCUCAUUUUAUGCUUGUGGAAUGUUGCAAGAUCAAGAAGAUGUAUGAACAGGAAAUGAUUGCCAUAGAAGCUGCCAUAAAUAGAAAUUCAUCAAACCUUCCUCUUCCUUUACCACCAAAGAAAAUGCGAAUUAUUUCUCAUGUUUGGGAAAAUAACAACCCUUUCCAAAUUGUCUUGGUUAAGGGAAAUAAACUUAACACAGAAGAAAGUGUAAAAGUUCAUGUCAGGGCUGGCCUUUUUCAUGGUACCGAACUCCUGUGUAAAACCAUCGUAAGCUCAGAGAUAUCAGGGAAAAAUGAUCACAUUUGGAAUGAACCACUGGAAUUUGAUAUAAAUAUUUGUGACCUGCCACGAAUGGCUCGAUUAUGUUUUGCUAUUUAUGCAGUUUUGGAUAAAGUGAAAACGAAAAAAUCGACUAAAACUAUUAAUCCCUCUAAAUAUCAGACCAUCCGGAAAUCUGGGAAAGUGCAUUAUCCUGUAGCAUGGGUAAAUACAAUGGUUUUUGACUUUAAAGGACAGUUGAGAUCUGGAGACAUAAUAUUGCACAGCUGGUCUUCAUUUCCUGAUGAACUUGAAGAAAUGUUGAAUCCAAUGGGAACUGUUCAGACAAAUCCAUAUACAGAAAAUGCAACAGCUUUGCAUAUCAAAUUCCCAGAGAAUAAAAAACAACCUUAUUAUUAUCCUCCCUUUGAUAAGAUAAUCGAGAAGGCAGCUGAGAUUGCAAGCAGUGACAGUGCUAAUGUAUCAAGUCGAGGUGGAAAAAAGUUUCUUGCUGUACUGAAAGAAAUCUUGGACAGGGAUCCCUUGUCUCAACUGUGUGAGAACGAAAUGGAUCUUAUUUGGACUUUGCGACAAGAUUGCAGAGAGAAUUUCCCACAGUCACUGCCAAAAUUACUGCUGUCGAUCAAGUGGAAUAAACUUGAAGAUGUUGCUCAGCUUCAAGCCCUACUUCAGAUUUGGCCUAAACUGCCCCCCCGGGAGGCCUUGGAGCUUCUAGAUUUCAACUAUCCAGAUCAGUACGUGCGAGAAUAUGCUGUGGGCUGCCUGCGACAGAUGAGUGAUGAAGAACUCUCUCAAUAUCUUUUACAACUGGUGCAAGUUUUGAAAUACGAGCCUUUUCUUGAUUGUGCCCUCUCUAGAUUCCUAUUAGAAAGAGCACUUGCUAACCGCAGGAUAGGGCAGUUUCUAUUUUGGCACCUUAGGUCAGAAGUGCAUAUUCCUGCUGUCUCAGUACAGUUUGGUGUCAUCCUUGAAGCAUACUGCCGGGGAAGUGUAGGGCAUAUGAAAGUGCUUUCUAAGCAGGUUGAAGCACUCAAUAAGUUAAAAACUUUAAAUAGUUUAAUCAAACUGAAUGCAAUGAAGCUAAACAGAGCCAAAGGGAAGGAGGCCAUGCAUACUUGUUUAAAACAGAAUGCUUACCGGGAAGCCCUCUCUGACCUGCAGUCACCUCUGAAUCCGUGUGUCAUCCUCUCAGAACUCUAUGUUGAAAAAUGUAAAUACAUGGAUUCCAAAAUGAAGCCUUUGUGGCUCGUGUACAACAACAAAGUUUUUGGUGAGGAUUCAGUUGGAGUGAUUUUUAAAAAUGGUGAUGAUUUACGACAAGAUAUGUUGACACUCCAGAUGUUGCGCUUGAUGGAUUUACUUUGGAAAGAAGCUGGUCUGGAUCUUCGGAUGCUGCCUUAUGGCUGUUUAGCAACAGGAGACCGCUCUGGCCUCAUCGAAGUUGUGAGCACCUCUGAAACAAUUGCUGACAUUCAGCUGAACAGUAGCAAUGUGGCUGCAGCAGCGGCCUUCAACAAAGACGCCCUUCUGAACUGGCUUAAAGAAUACAACUCUGGGGAUGACCUAGACCGAGCCAUUGAAGAGUUUACCUUGUCCUGUGCCGGCUACUGUGUAGCUUCUUAUGUCCUUGGGAUUGGUGAUAGACAUAGUGACAACAUCAUGGUCAAGAAAACCGGCCAGCUCUUCCACAUUGACUUUGGACAUAUUCUUGGAAAUUUCAAGUCUAAAUUUGGCAUUAAAAGGGAACGAGUGCCUUUUAUUCUUACCUAUGAUUUCAUUCAUGUGAUUCAACAAGGAAAAACAGGAAACACAGAAAAAUUUGGCCGUUUCCGCCAGUGUUGUGAGGAUGCAUAUCUGAUUUUACGACGUCACGGGAAUCUCUUCAUCACUCUUUUUGCACUGAUGUUGACUGCAGGGCUUCCUGAGCUCACAUCAGUCAAGGAUAUACAGUAUCUUAAGGACUCUCUUGCCUUAGGAAAGAGUGAAGAAGAAGCGCUUAAGCAAUUUAAGCAAAAAUUUGAUGAGGCACUCAGGGAAAGCUGGACUACUAAAGUGAACUGGAUGGCCCACACAGUUCGGAAAGACUACAGAUCUUAAUGAUCACCCUUUGCUCCUAAUGUAUUUGUUGGUUUUGUUUAGUUUUCAUUUUGCACUUGCACUAAAUUGAACAUGACCCUGCCGGAGAUGUUUUAAAGGGAAUGAAAUCCUAGAACUCAUUUAAAUUAAGAACAAGGCAUCCCACAGAACCUAAUCUGCACAGUUCCUGAUGACCACCCUCUGCUUCAUUGAAUGCUUCCAAGAUUCAUCAUGAAAACUCUCAACAUUAUGGAUAAUCAUUUCCUGCUGACUUUGCACGCCGAGGAAUGCUACUAGAGAUUGUUUUCUGUCGUCGUCUUCUUCUUCUUCUUCUUCUUCUUCUUCUUCUUCUUCUUCUUCUUCUUUUUUUAAGUAUUUGGUACUUUUCCAGAAAGGUGUAAAUACUUCUUUUUGUAUUGUGACCAAGUGUUAUCACUCAGCCGACUUAUCCACUCCUGGGCACUGGUAGUUGUUCUUAUUUUCCAAAUGAGGCUUAAAAGAAAGGUAUCUUUCUUCCCCUUUUAAAUUGUGUAAACUACAAAUUAUAACAUAAUUUGAAAUUACUUUUUUUUUUUUUUUCAAAAGAAAUCUCUAAAUCUAUGGAAACAUUAAUUCUUUUGUUGAUAUUUAUCUACCAGGACAGCAUCAUUUCUAGCAGGCUUGCUGAAGACCUGCUGGUGAGGCAAAUAUAAUAUAUAUGUUGCAUAUAUAUUUAUAAAAUUUCUAGUGGGAGUUCUAUAUAAAAAGACAUUUCUUUGGUUUUUUUUUUUCAGUCUGUGUUUUAAAGUUUUACAAAAAGAAGAGCUUUUUCCUAAGUUACUUUUUUUAGUUAACUAUGUGAUCCAGUUCUUCCAGUUGCUUCUGUAAUGAGGCACAUAGUACUUUCAGUUUUUACAUGGUAUCUAUGAAAGAGUUCAUUUCAUAGAGCAUAAUACUUGAGCAAAUGCAUCCAAGACAGAAAGCAAAUGAAAAGGAAACUAUUUAUGGAAUCAUCUCCACACCUAAAAUUCAGUAUUUUAGUAAAAUGCCAGCUGUUCUUACUGUAUUUAUUAAAACUUGUAAUAAUGUGAUUUUUUCAAGGAUAUUAGCUCAAAUUGAAAUGGUUUCAUGCCACAUGGAAUUCUUUAAUUUAUUUGUUGAGGUACCAUAUCUUUAGGGUGCUAGAUGGCAAAUAAUGUUAAUAUGUGCAAUAAGAACUACUGGUUUGAAUGUGUAAAUGGAUGCUCUUUCUGAGUACUGGCAAUAUCCAUCAAAACUACUGCUUUUUCUCCAAAGACUUUUGGGAGCUCUCAAUCCUCAGUGACAUGAGAAAGAGAACUGAUUAUUUGCCCUGUGACUGAGUUUUCUAUAGGAAUUUUAUUAAAGAUUGUUUAAUUUUGUUGUCCUC